AUGCUCUGUGCUACUGGAAAGAAUGGAAACCAAGAGUUCUUCCCCUUUGCAUUUGCAGUUGUAGAUUCUGAAAAUCAUGCGAAUUGGGAUUGGUUUUUUGAUCAUCUAUAUAACAUCUUGUCUCCGCAAGGUAGAAAUGUGACUUUUGUUACUGAUCGACACAGCGGACUGUUGAAUGCUGUUGUCAGGGUAUUUCCAGAUUCUCCUCAUUCAUACUGCUACUAUCACCUUAAGGAGAAUGUUAGAGGUGUGUACCGAAAGCAAUCUGGAAAUUAUUUGGUUGACAAGAUUGUGGAGGAAUUUAUGAAGGUUGCUUAUUCACCUACCUUAGCAAGCUAUAACUUCAACUUGCACAACUUGAAGAAAGAAGGUGGUCCGCCUAUUGAAGAGUUUCUGCGAUCUUUGCUGUUGGAAAAGUGGUGCAAUGCAUUUUUCAAAGGAAACAGGUAUGGUGAAAUGGCAAAUAGUAUUGCCGAGUCAUUUAACAAUUGGACUAGAGAUUUGCGUGAGCUUCCUAUAUUUGAGAUGUUUGAAGGCUUAAGGGUUAAGGUUAUGGAGAAUAUGUUUGAGAGGAAGGUUGCAUCCAAGAGGUGGACCGCUAUUUUGUGUCCUCCAAUGGAGGCUUUGUCGAAGAAAUCAAUGGAUAUUGGGCGGCAUUGGGCUGUUGGAGUGGAACCUGUGUAUAGUUACAUUGAGCCGUUCUACACCUGUCAAAGCUACAGGGAUUCCUACGCACAUGGUAUUCAUCCUAUACCAAAUAUGGAGAAGUUUUAUGAAGAUGCAGCUAGUUCAACUUCUGUUGUUAAGCCUCCAUUGGUUAGGAGGCCAUCCGGCCGGCCAAAAUCUGUUCGAAUGAAGUCUGCAGCAGAAGGAGGCACAAGGAGGCGUAUCAAAUGUGGCCGGUGUGUAUCUGUUCAUAUGAUUGGGAGUGGCUUUUGA